UCUGGACAUGUGCUUUAAUAAUGACGGCUUAUGGUACUCAUAACGUGUGUUCGAAUAGCAGCUAUCUGCUUCUGUGGAAAGUAUAGAGCGUCGUGUGGAGGAGACCCGCUCCAGUAUUCAAUUGCCCAUCACAACAAGAUACCUGUAUUGUUGGUAUGCGACACGAAAUUCCCCCUGAAGCCCUCCCGUUGCCAAAACUUGACCCUCCCGUGUCCUAGCACUGGCCUUCUUGCAUAGCAUACUGUUCCGGCACGCUCUGCUUGCGCUUGGCAAUGUGUUCAAGGCUGUCGCUCUGUCUGUGGUGAAAUGGCUGUGAUCGAGACCGCGUUCGGGGAACGGUCUUGGUUGGCGUCGUCUCUUGCUCGUAUACAGCGCGGCUGCGCAGCGUAUCACUGUUGACUGGCUUCUCACCUUCCUUCUCCGCUUCCGCUUCGUCGGCCAUCGCAUCUCUGUUCUUGCUCAGUGCGUCCGCGUUGGAGUCGCGUCGAUCCAGGGGACAUCGGCCGUGAUCGGUGGAAACUGACCCAAUGGAGAACAGCCUUGAUUUGGGAGGCAUGGAAAAUUGAGACUUCAGGUCGUCUUCCUCAAUGUACAUGGACCACAGAAUGUUGCUGUCCUUCCUUGCCCAGUCACUAGGCUUUCGCUGGAUGGUAGCACCAACGUCCUUGGAUACCUCAGCAGUUGAGCGGGAAGCCAGCCUCUUAGCAGCCACUUGUUUCCAGAACUUGACCAGCACAAAGAGGAUGCUCGCGAAGAGGAUCGCCGAAAAGAUGGCAAGAAUAACUAUUGCUGUAGUGAGUGACUUGGAUGUGAAAGCGCGAGGUUGCAGUGUUCGAGUUGAAAUCCCAAAGGAGUGCGCGGUCGCAAGACUUCCCAAGACUCGAAAGGGGGCCAUUUGAGAGGGUGGACAGAAAGAGGUAUGAUAGCAGCAAGAUCGGCCAGGACUGGUUGCUUCAAUAUGUUAUAAUGACAGUUGGAUCAGAUAAAGGAGCGUGUGGUGCAAAGUAUGCAUCAAAGAAGGCGUAAUGAGCGGCGCUGGUACAUCAACAGAGUAGUCAAGGCAAUCUUUGGAGCAAGCCAUGAUAUAACAUAUAUAUUUGAGCCGAUCUUGUGCCAUGGAGGGGCUGUCAGAGAGAAGGGGCCUCACAUUCCUGGGAAUCGCGUCUGCGGUGGCCGGGGAUCGCGCUUGUUUGAACCUCCUCAUGGAACGUAGAAUUUCGAACGUAAGUCUCCAACACCAUUUCG